AUGGAACAUUCGACAGAAACGCCGAUUGAUGAUGAAGACAACGAUGAAUUGCAUAUAACGCUUUUGAUAUGGAUCAUGGUUGCUGUAUUGGUUAUUACAGCUCUAGUUAGCUUAUUUGUAUUCGUAUUUAAGAAAGGUAAACCUGAUAAUAAAGAAGAUAUGGUUGGAUUGCUUGCAUCUGAAUCUGAUAUCACAGAUUACGAAGAUUUAUGUCGCCAACAUGUAGCAUCAAAGAAAUCUGAAAUGGUUGAUGGUGCAUCUGGUAAAAUUAUUACUAUUGGUGAUGCUGAGCAAGUAACAGAAGGCCUAGAUUCUGUUGCUACUAGCUGGAGCCAUGAACCAGUUACGGCAGAUAUGGAUAUAUCAACUUGCCACGUUGUUUUAUCCUACAUGGAAGAUCAUUUGAAAAAUAAAGACCGCCUCAUGAAAGAAUGGGAGGCUUUGCUAAGGUACAAAGUUGAUCGCAGUAGUGGUUUGGUUGCUUCAAGAGCCGUUAAUAUUCGAUUAAACAGAUACAGCGAUACCUUUCCAUAUGAUCAUAAUCGCGUCGUUCUAACUACCAGUCCAACCAAUGAUAACGACUACAUUAAUGCAAGCUACAUUUACGAUCAUAAUCCAAGAAACCCAAUGUACAUAGCAACACAAGGGCCAAUUCCAAAUACUAAGGCUCACUUUUGGCAGAUGGUUUGGGAGCAAAAAAUUGCCACUGUUGUGAUGUUAGCCCGAUUAAAAGAAAAUGAUGUGGCUGUUUGCGCUCUAUAUUGGCCAGAAAAGAAAGGAAAGGAGUGUUACGGUGACUUUGAGGUUACUCUGGUUUCGGAGCAUAAUUGGUGUGAUGAUUAUGUUGUUAGAAACUUCUAUUUAAGAAAUAUAAAGAAUCAAGAAACGCGUACAGUAACACAAUUUCAGUAUCUUUCGUGGCCUGAUAUGGGAAUUCCUAAAGAUACAAAAAAUUUUUUAGAAUUCCGCAGGAAAAUAAACAGAUCGUACCAUGGUCAAGGUUGUCCAGUUAUUAUUCAUUGCAACGACGGAGCUGGGCGUGCUGGAACUUAUAUUCUAAUUGAUAUGACAUUAAAAAGAUUAUCUAAAGGAACUAAAGAGAUUGAUAUUGCAGCCACUAUCGAACAUCUAAGAGAUCAGCGUAUUUCAAUGGUAAAAACCAAGGUCCAGUUUGAAUUUGCGCUAUCAUCGAUUGCAGAAGAAGUCAAUGAUAUUCUUAAUGCCUUGAAGUAA